AUGGAACAGUAUACAGCGAAUAGCAAUAGUUCAACGGAGCAGAUUGUUGUGCAGGCUGGUCCGAUUCAGCAGCAGCAGCAGGGUGGUGUCACUGCUGUCCAGUUGCAGACUGAGGCCCAGGUGGCAUCCGCCUCAGGCCAGCAAGUCCAGACCCUCCAGGUAGUCCAGGGGCAGCCAUUAAUGGUGCAGGUCAGUGGAGGCCAGUUAAUCACAUCAACUGGCCAACCCAUCAUGGUCCAGGCUGUUCCUGGUGGACAAGGUCAAACCAUCAUGCAAGUACCUGUAUCUGGGUCCCAGGGUUUGCAGCAGAUCCAGUUGGUCCCACCUGGACAGAUCCAGAUCCAGGGUGGGCAGGCUGUGCAAGUGCAGGGCCAGCAGGGCCAAACCCAGCAGAUCAUCAUCCAGCAGCCCCAGACAGCCGUUACUGCUGGCCAGACCCAGACACAGCAGCAAAUUGCUGUCCAGGGGCAGCAAGUGGCACAGACUGCUGAAGGGCAGACCAUUGUUUAUCAGCCAGUUAAUGCAGACGGUACCAUUCUCCAGCAAGUUACAGUCCCUGUUUCAGGCAUGAUCACCAUCCCAGCAGCAAGUUUGGCGGGCGCACAGAUUGUUCAGACAGGAGCCAACACCAAUACAACCAGCAGUGGACAAGGGACUGUCACUGUGACACUGCCAGUGGCAGGCAAUGUGGUCAAUUCAGGAGGGAUGGUCAUGAUGGUGCCUGGUGCUGGGUCUGUGCCUGCUAUUCAAAGAAUCCCUCUACCUGGGGCAGAGAUGCUUGAAGAAGAGCCUCUUUAUGUGAAUGCCAAACAGUAUCACCGCAUACUUAAGAGGAGGCAAGCCCGAGCCAAACUAGAGGCAGAAGGGAAAAUUCCCAAGGAAAGAAGGAAAUAUCUGCAUGAGUCUCGGCACCGUCAUGCCAUGGCACGGAAGCGUGGUGAAGGUGGGCGAUUUUUCUCUCCGAAAGAAAAGGAUAGUCCUCAUAUGCAGGAUCCAAGCCAAGCAGAUGAAGAAGCAAUGACACAGAUCAUCCGAGUGUCCUAA